AUGGAAGGAAGUUCUUCUAGUUCAAGAGGUAAGGCCAUGCAAGACAAGGAAGGGAAAGGCAAAGAGGAAGUCCGGUACCGGGGCGUCCGGAGGCGGCCUUGGGGGAAGUUCGCGGCUGAAAUACGCGAUCCCUCGAGGCAAGGAGCCCGCUUGUGGCUCGGAACAUUUGAUAAUCCUGAGGCCGCGGCCCGGGCUUAUGACCGCGCUGCCUUUAGGUUUAGGGGACAUCUUGCAAUAUUGAAUUUUCCAAAUGAGUACUACUCUCAACUCGCGAUUCCACCUUAUAAACCUACAUUUCCGGCACAAGAGAAGAUUGAGUUGGAAUGUUUGGAUGAUAGUGUUUUGGAUGAGCUUCUUGAAUCUUCAGAACAGAAGAAGAAAUCAAAGAAAGAUUGA